GGAGGCAAAAAAGAGAGAAACAACACCCAACAACUAGAGGGGGGUGGGGGGGAAGAAAGAAAAGAAACCCACCCAUCCACCAAAUUAAAAAAAAAAAAAAUAGAAAGAAAAAAAAAAAUCCUGUGGCGCGCUGCCUGGUUCCCGGGAAGACUAGCCAGCACCAGGGGGUGGGGGAGUGCGAGCUGAAAGCUGCUGGAGAGUGAGCAGCCCUAGCAGGGAUGGACAUGAUGCUGUUGGUGCAGGGUGCUUGUUGCUCGAACCAGUGGCUGGCGGCGGUGCUCCUCAGCCUGUGCUGCCUGCUACCCUCCUGCCUCCCGGCUGGACAGAGUGUGGACUUCCCCUGGGCUGCUGUGGACAACAUGAUGGUCAGAAAAGGGGACACGGCGGUGCUUAGGUGUUAUUUGGAAGAUGGAGCUUCAAAGGGUGCCUGGCUGAACCGGUCAAGUAUUAUUUUUGCGGGAGGUGAUAAGUGGUCAGUGGAUCCUCGAGUUUCAAUUUCAACAUUGAAUAAAAGGGACUACAGCCUCCAGAUACAGAAUGUAGAUGUGACAGACGAUGGCCCAUACACAUGUUCUGUUCAGACUCAACAUACACCGAGAACAAUGCAGGUGCAUCUAACUGUGCAAGUUCCUCCGAAGAUAUAUGACAUCUCAAGUGAUAUGACCAUCAAUGAAGGAACCAAUGUCACCCUGACUUGUUUGGCCACUGGGAAACCAGAGCCUUCCAUUUCCUGGAGGCACAUCUCCCCAUCAGGUAAAGCAGAAAAGUAUCAGUGUUGCUCGUGCUGUUCAAUAUCUUCCUGUAACCUCACUUGUUCAGAAUCGAAACCAUUUGAAAAUGGACAAUAUUUGGACAUUUAUGGAAUUACACGGGACCAGGCUGGAGAAUAUGAAUGCAGUGCAGAAAAUGAUGUGUCAUUUCCAGAUGUGAAAAAAGUGAAAAUUGUCGUAAACUUUGCUCCUACGAUUCAGGAAAUUAAAUCUGGCACUGUGGCCCCGGGACGCAGCGGAUUGAUAAGAUGUGAAGGUGCGGGUAUGCCGCCUCCGGCCUUUGAAUGGUACAAAGGAGAGAAGAAGCUCUUCAGUGGUCAACAAGGAAUUAUUAUUCAGAAUUUUAGCACAAGAUCCAUUCUCACUGUUACCAAUGUGACACAGGAGCACUUCGGCAACUAUACUUGUGUGGCUGUCAACAAGCUAGGCACAACCAAUGCGAGCCUGCCUCUCAACCCUCCAAGUACAGCCCAGUAUGGAAUUACCGGAAGCGCUGACGUUCUUUUCUCCUGCUGGUACCUUGUGUUGACACUGUCCUCUUUCACCAGCAUAUUCUACCUGAAGAAUGCCAUUCUACAAUAAAUUUAAAGACCCAUAAAAGGCUUUUAAGGAUUCUCUGAAAGUGCUGAUGGCUGGAUCCAAUCUGGUACAGUUUGUUAAAAGCAGCGUGGGAUAUAAUCAGCAGUGCUUACAUGGGGAUGAUCGCCUUCUGUAGAAUUGCUCAUUAUGUAAAUACUUUAAUUCUACUCUUUUUUUGAUUAGCUACAUUACCUUGUGAAGCAGUACACAUUGUCCUUUUUUUAAGAUGUGAAAGCUCUGAAAUUACUUUUAGAGGAUAUUAAUUGUGAUUUCAUGUUUGUAAUCUACAACUUUUCAAAAGCAUUCAGUCAUGGUCUGCUAGGUUGCAGGCUGUAGUUUACAAAAAACGAAUAUUGCAGUGAAUAUGUGAUUCUUUAAGGCUGCAAUACAAGCAUUCAUUUCCCUGUUUCAAUAAGAGUCAAUCCACAUUUACAAAGAUGCAUUUUUUUUUGAUAAAAAAGCAAAUAGUACUGCCUUCAGAUCAUUUCUUCAAAAUAUAACAUAUCUAGAUUUUUCUGCUCGCAUGAUAUUCAGGUUUCAGGAAUGAGCCUUGCAAUAUAACUGGCUGUGCAGCUCUGCUUCUCUUUCCUGUAAGUUCAGCAUGGGUGUGCCUUCAUGAAAUAAUAAUUUUCUCUUCAUCUCCAACUAAUAAAAGUGUUUUUGCCAAAUUCUACAAUUUGAAAGCAAAAGUAAACCACAAUGAUAAAGUUAAACUAUAUCCUGUCUCUAAAGAACAAAGGAGUUAUCAAGCUGUAAAAAUCUCUUCCCGCAUUUUGAGAAUUUUGCCCCACGAUGACUCAGUGUUGUGAUGAAAAACAAUUUAACUAACAUAGUACAGGUAAAUCUACCAUAUGAUUUCUUUAGUUGUAGCUAAAUAUUAGAUCCACUCUGGGAAAUAAUUCCCUUUAAAAUGAUAGUACAGUCUAUCCAAAGGAUUGCCUAGCAAUACAGCAACUUUUCCUUUCACUGUUCCAGGCCAAAAUUUUUAAGAUGGUUUGUCAGAAAGGACACAAAGUCCAAUUACCUAAUAUUACAUGAGUUGGUAAGCACUCAAAAUUUUUGGUUCUGUGGCAGGUAAGUUGGUAUGCUAGAUAUAGUGUUCCUGUGGAUAGGUGUAUUUUGCCUAUUUUCCAUCUGAAAACAUCACUCAGUUGAUAGUUUGGUAUGCAUAUUGUAUUUAGAAAGCUCCAAAAUAUAUUAUAACAAAUAUUCCAUGCUGGUAUGCAGCAGAUCAAUCUCUGAAAUAACAAAUUCUGCAGUUAAAUCGUUCUCUAUAGCCAGU